AUGGAGGACAUCGACUUCAGCUUCAUCCUCGACGAUGAGUUUGACGCAGUGGCCAUAUCCAAGAGGGAAGACUACGAGGUUUGGAAGACGCGAAAGUAUCCAGCCAAGGAGCAUGCGCGCAAGGUGGCCCAGAAGCUCGGCGUGCCGGAUGGCCUCAUCUACCUGCCGGGCCAGACGUCGCAGAACUACGAGGAUUCGGACCAGCCGCCGCCCUUGAGACAGCGCAGAUACUUCUUCUAUCUCACGGGCGCCAACUUCCACGACUGCUUCGUCACGUAUGAGAUCCGCACAGACGUCCUCAUCCUCUGGAUCCCUUACGUCGAGCCGCGCCAGGUGCUGUGGUUCGGCUCGACGCCCGACACCGCCAAGGCCAAGCAGAUGUACGACGUCGACGAGGUGCGGUACUCGAGCCAGCUGCCCAAGUUCCUCGAGUCGCGCCUCACGUCCACCAACACGCUGUACGUGCUGCACGAGGACCAGGCGCCCGCGGGAGCCCGGCAGCAGACGCGGGCCAAGAUCAACCACUGGAUGCUGCAGCCCGCCAUGGACCGCGCUCGCUGCAUCAAGGACGAGUACGAGAUCGCCAUGAUCCGCCAGGCCAACGACGUCUCCAGCGCCGCGCACCGCAGGGUCGCCGAGAUGCUCCUCCGCCUCUCCAACGAGCGCGAGAUCGAGGCCGUCUUUCAGGCCGUGUGCUGCGCGCGCGGCGCCCGGUCCCAGGCGUACCCCGUCAUCGCGGGCGCCGGCGCCAACGCCUCGACGCUGCACUACGAGGACAACGACCAGCCCCUGGACGGCAAGGAGCUCGUCGUCGUCGACGCGGGCUGCGAGUGGCGCUGCUACGCCAGCGACGUCACCCGCACGCUGCCCAUCAAGGGCCGCUUCUCGACCAAGGCGGCGGCCGUGUACAACCUCGUCCAGACGAUGCAGGAGGAGUGCAUCCGCGCCAUCAGACCCGGCGUCCACUUCUACCGGCUGCACCUGCACGCCGCCGCCGUCGGCACCGUCGGCCUGCUCAAGCUGGGCAUCCUCAAGGGCGACGUCGCCGAGGUGUCCAGGGCCGGCACCAUCAGCGCCUUCUUCCCGCACGGGCUGGGCCACCACGUCGGCCUCGAGGUGCAUGACGUCGCGGGCCGCCUGCCGCUGAUGACGCUCCUGAACCUGGGCCUGGACGGCGGGAAGCGCGAGAUGAUUACGGCCGAAGCCCUGGCCUGGAUGAGUGCGGAGCUGGGCGACGAGGAGCCAGUGGGCUCGCGGGCCAAGGGGACGAGGGAAAGGGCGCUCCUUGAGCCCAACAUGAUUGUCACCGUCGAGCCGGGCAUCUAUUUCUGCCGCGAGUACAUUGAGGGCUACUUCCUCAACAACCCGACGCACGCCAAGUUCAUCAACAAGGAAGUCCUCGAAGGAUACUACAGCGUCGGGGGCGUCCGCAUCGAGGACGACAUCCUCGUUACCGAGGACGGGUACGAGAACCUGACGUCUGCGCCCAAGGGCCAGGAGAUGCUUGACGUUAUCAACGGCCAAGCGGGUCGCAAGUGA